AUGUCCACUCCCUCUACGGCCACUGCAACCCAUCCUUCUCACCACCAGGCCUACGGAUAUCCUCACCACCCCUACCAACCGAACACCGCUUACCCAGCGCCCACUACGGGAGGUCGCCUUGCAAACUCCUACGCUUACUCCGCCUCGUCGGCCACAAAUAAUAUCCCUUACACACAACCCCCGAGAAUGCCGCCGGCAACGUCGACCCCUUCGGCUAUGACCCAUGAGAGCGGCUCCAGCGUGGCCCCCUCGGUGGGAGGCCGGAAAAAGAAGCCAGACUGGACGGAAUUUUACAAGAAUGGUCUCCCCAAGGAGGUCAUUGUGAUCGAUGACAGCCCCGGUCCAGAGUCCAACGGAGUGACGUCUACUGCCAAUCCGUCUGCUGCCAGAGCACCUCCGGUGGUUCCCCAACCCGCCGGGAAGAGACGACGAACAGGGGUGGAAACCGCAUAUGAUUUAAGUCACUACGAUCGUCCCGCGUUUUCCAUCAAUCCGCAGCAAUAUGGCGACAACUCGUCGAAUUCCUUGUCCACAGAUCGCACAACGUCCCUACACACAACCGCGCCUACAUCGCUCGGGUCGCAAGGCAGUACUGGUGCCGCGAAUGGGGUAUACUAUGAGGAUGCAACUGUGGGUCAAAAACGAAAGCGCGUCGCCACGCGAAAAUCGAUUCGCGAUGAACAGAAAAGACUAGAGUUGGAGACGGUGGGCGAUGCUUUCCUGAGCUACGUACCGCCUCCGAAGCCACCCAUCAAGGCCAAGGAUGUCCAUGUGCCGGUGGUUCGCGAUAACACCAGCGCUCAGAACAAGAAGUUCGACGAUGACGACGGUCACUAUAUCGUCACUCCCGACACCCCAUUGACCGAUCGAUACUCCGUGAUCAGGCUCCUGGGCCAAGGUACCUUUGGCAAGGUGGUGGAGGCAUACGACAAGCACCGCAAAUCUCGCUGUGCAGUCAAAAUCAUCCGGUCAAUCCAAAAGUACCGCGAUGCCUCACGAAUUGAGCUGCGAGUCUUGUCAACGUUGUCGUCAAACGACAAGACCAACCGCAACAAGUGCAUCCAUUUGCGGGAUACUUUCGACUUCAGGAAUCACAUUUGCAUUGUCACGGAUUUGCUUGGACAGAGUGUGUUCGACUUUCUCAAGGCCAAUGGCUUUGUGCCUUUCCCGAGCAGCCAGAUCCAACUGUUCGCCCGGCAACUGUUCACUAGUGUUGCUUUCCUUCAUGACCUCAACCUCAUCCAUACCGACCUCAAACCCGAAAACAUUCUUUUGGUUAGCAAUGCCUACCAGACAUUUACCUAUAAUCGCUCCGUCCCCACCUCUUCUCACGCCUCAGGUCGCAACGCACGACAACGCCGAGUACUUCUCGAUGGGGAGAUCCGCCUCAUCGACUUUGGCUCGGCCACUUUCGAUGAUGAAUACCACUCCUCUGUUGUCUCCACUCGCCACUACCGGGCCCCCGAAAUCAUUUUGAAUCUGGGCUGGAGUUUCCCGUGUGACAUCUGGAGUAUUGGGUGUAUUCUGGUGGAAUUCUUCACCGGAGAUGCCCUCUUUCAGACCCACGACAACCUCGAACACCUCGCAAUGAUGGAGGCUGUCAUUGGCGGCCGCAUUGACCAAGCGUUGGUGAAGAAGGUCAUGGCGGGUGGGAAAACAGGUGGUAGCAACUCUGCCUCGAAAUAUUUUGCCCGAAGCAAGCUUGAUUAUCCUAACAACGACACCACUCGGGCUUCGCGCAAGUAUGUGCGCGCCAUGAAGGGUUUGACGGAGUUCAUUCCCACCAACACACCUUUCAACCGUUCAUUCCUGGACCUGCUACAGAAGAUCUUCGUUUAUGAUCCCAAAAAUCGGAUUACUGCCAAGGCGGCACUCAAGCACCCCUGGUUCAAGGAAACACUUGUUGAUGAUGGCACCGAGGCCUUCCGCAUUGGCCAGGGACUCGCUCGUCAGCAGCAACAGCAGCAGCAGCAGCAACAGCAGCAACAACAACAACAACAACAACAGCGUGUUUGA